AUGCUGAAGUACCUGCUGCUCGUCGCUUUCGCCGCCGUCGUUGUCAUUGCGCAACGCGGCCACGACCCGUGCCACGACUGCGACUUCGUCAUCCGCCAAGCCGAGCACCACUUCCACAACAACAUCACCGACAAGACGGCGCUGAAGCAGGAGCUGCUCGUCGAGUGCCAAUGGCUUGGUCGCCGGGAGGGACAGCAGGCUGCUGCCCACUGCACUGAUGUUGUUAACAAGCAGAUCGACAAGAUCUUCGCCGACCUCCAGGCAGCAAAGAUGAAAUUCGUCCUUGCCCUCGCCGCCGUCGUUGUUGUUGCCCUGGCCCAACGGCCGACCCCUGGCCCGUGCCAGAUCUGCGACUACCUGAUCGCCCAGGCCGUCCACCACUUCCACAACAACAUCAACGACAAGGGAGCCCUUCUCACCCAGCUCACCCAGGAGUGCAACGAGCUCGGCCGCUACGAGGGCCAGGAUGCCGUCACCCAGUGCAAGGCCAUGGUUGCCGCCCAGAUUGACACCAUCUACGCUGAUCUGACCGCUGGAAAGGACCCGUGGCAGACGUGCUUCGAUCUGCAUGAGUGCUUCGGAACCGAGCCCACCCACGGAACUCGCCCCAGCCAGGGCCCCGAGGCCGUCGCCCGUGGUGCUCGCUAUUUC